CAGAGAAUUGACAGAAAUCACGCAUGAGAAGAGAGAGAGGAGGGGAGAGAGAGAGAGAGAGAGAGAGGGCAAAAGCUGAAAAAGAGUGAGCACCACUCGUGGGGUUAAAACCCCAAGAACAAACUUGGGAGUAGCAGCCGGAGGGCGGAGGAAGCAGCGAGAGGAGCGAGCAAGCAAGCAAAGCGUACCAAAGCAAAGCAAGAAGCAGGAGCACUUCUCCCUGCAACUGUUUGAGCUCCGAGGUUGCAACCGCACGCGAGAAGCUCCGAGGUUGCAACCGCACGCGAGAAGCGAGAGAAAAGGAAGCAGCAGCGAGCAUGCUCAUGGCCCCCCUCUCCGGCGGCGGCGGUCGGAUCUGCUGGAGAGCGGCGGCCGGGGAGCGGGGAGCUCGGAGCUAACCGUCUCGACCUCGCGGCCACGAGAUCUGACGGCGCGGCUUCUUGGAUCGAGCGGCGCCUCUCUGCCCGAGUGCCGGUUCUUGGCUCCAGAAGAAGAAAAGCUCAAGCUUGCGCGGUAAUCUUCGGAAGGCGUAAUCGCGCGCGGUAAAAGGCGCGAGGAGAAACUGGGAAAGUGAUGGUUUUUGGGAAGGCGCUUUGAUUUGUCCUGAAAAGGAGGAAUCUUUCCUUCGUUUCCCCCUUCCUUCUCCGCUCCGUGCACGCUCUUAUAUUGCCUUCAGAUCGGCAGUCUGAUUGGGCCUUUGGAAAGGGUGAAAAAUGAGGCUCUCGUCGUCGUCCGGCAGCGUCCUCCCGACUCAGGCGUCCUCGCCGGAAGCUGUUGAGGAGCAGAAGUGCCUGAAUUCGGAGUUGUGGCAUGCCUGUGCUGGUCCUCUUGUUUCCUUGCCUGCUGUGGGUAGCCGGGUGGUGUACUUCCCUCAGGGUCACAGUGAGCAGGUAGCAGCAUCAACAAACAAAGAAAUGGAGUCUCAGAUUCCCAACUAUCCUAAUCUGCCUCCACAGCUUAUAUGCCAACUGCAUAAUGUGACCAUGCAUGCUGAUGCAGAAACAGAUGAGGUCUAUGCGCAGAUGACACUGCAACCACUUAACCCGCAAGAGCUGAAGGACCCGUAUUUACCUGCUGAAUUAGGUACUGCCAAUAAGCAGCCAACAAACUAUUUUUGCAAAACAUUAACUGCAAGCGACACAAGUACACAUGGAGGAUUCUCUGUUCCUCGCCGAGCAGCUGAGAAAGUGUUUCCUCCACUGGAUUUCACUCAGCAACCUCCAGCACAGGAGUUGAUGGCAAAAGAUCUUCAUGGCAACGAGUGGAAAUUCCGUCACAUCUUUCGCGGUCAGCCAAAGCGACAUCUUCUAACUACUGGCUGGAGUGUCUUUGUAAGUGCAAAGAGACUCGUCGCUGGAGACUCUGUCCUAUUUAUUUGGAAUGACAAUAAUCAGCUUCUUCUGGGAAUUCGCCGGGCAAAUCGGCCACAAACUGUAAUGCCAUCUUCAGUCUUAUCUAGUGAUAGCAUGCACAUUGGUCUUCUUGCUGCAGCUGCUCAUGCUGCUUCAACAAAUAGCCGGUUUACAAUUUUCUAUAACCCAAGGUACAGUGAAAUAUAUCUUUAUUUGUUUGGCAUUUCUCCAUUCACAUGUUUUAACAUUUGCUUUUGCAGGGCAAGCCCUUCAGAGUUUGUCAUACCACUUGCGAAGUAUGUAAAGGCUGUGUACCAUACUCGUAUAUCUGUGGGGAUGCGUUUCAGGAUGCUUUUUGAGACAGAAGAGUCAAGUGUUAGGAGAUAUAUGGGGACAAUUACUGGAAUUAGUGAUCUUGAUGCUGUUCGGUGGCCAAAUUCACACUGGCGUUCUGUUAAGGUUGGCUGGGAUGAGUCAACUGCUGGAGAGAGGCAGCCUAGGGUGUCGCUAUGGGAGAUUGAGCCCCUGACAACUUUUCCAAUGUAUCCAUCUCCUUUUCCACUCAGGCUUAAGCGUCCAUGGCCAACAGGCUUGCCUUCUCUGCAUGGUGGGAAGGAUGAUGACUUGACUUCCUCUCUCAUGUGGCUUCGAGAUACCACAAACCCUGGUUUUCAAUCGUUGAAUUUCGGUGGACUUGGAAUGAGUCCUUGGAUGCAGCCAAGGCUGGAUGCUUCCUUACUAGGUCUGCAACCUGACAUGUAUCAGACGAUGGCCAUGGCUGCUUUCCAGGACCCAACGAAGCAGGUUUCACCCACGAUACUGCAGUUCCAGCAGCCGCAGAACAUAGUUGGUCGAGCUGCACCACUUCUGUCAAGUCAGAUUCUGCAGCAAGUGCAGCCUCAGUUUCAGCAGCAGUCAUACCUUCAAAACAUCUCUGAGAGCACAAUCCAAGGGCAGGGUCAGUCUGAGUUCCUGAAGCAGCAGAUCCAACGUAGCCAAUCAUUCAGCGAGCAGAAGCCCCAGCUGCAACCCCAGCAACAACAGCAAGAACCACAGCAGCAGCAAUCACAGUGUCUACAAGUCCCUCAACAUCAACAAAUGCAACAACAGAACAACAUGACCAACUACCAGUCUUUAACUAAUGCGAUGUCAGCAUUUUCUCAACAGACAUCAGCCUCUCAGUCUUCACCUAUGGCACUGCAAACAGUACUACCAUUCUCACAGGUGCAGAGCUUUGCAGACACGAAUAUGAGCUCAUUGUCGCCAUCCAACGCCUCCACCAUGCAAAAUACACUGAGGCCAUUCUCAUCAGAAGCAGCUUCUCACCGGAGUAUGCCAAGACCUACUGCGAUACCUGUCCCUGAUCCAUGGUCAUCGAAGCGAGUUGCAGUGGAGUCUUUGCUUCCUUCUCGGCCCCAUGUUAUGUCGCAGAUAGAACAAUUGGAUUCUACACCACCUAGUAUGCCUCAAAGCUCUGCAUUGGCGCCACUUCCUGGAAGAGGGUGUUUGGUGGAUCAAGAUGGGAACCCUGAUCCUCAAAAUCAUCUCUUGUUUGGUGUUAGUAUUGACUCACAGUCACUUAUAAUGCAAGGAGGCAUCCCAAGCCUCCAGAACGGGAGUGAUUCAACUGCUAUACCCUAUUCCACCUCCAAUUUCCUUAGCCCUUCCCAGAAUGAUUUCCCUUUGGAUCACACACUAAAUUCUUCGGGCUGCUUAGAUGAUUCAGGGUUUGUUCCAUGUUCAGAUAAUUCUGAUCAAGUGAAUCGACCACCUGCAACCUUUGUGAAGGUGUACAAAUCUGGAACCUAUGGAAGGUCGCUUGAUAUCACUAGAUUUAGUAGCUAUCAUGAGCUCCGUAGGGAACUAGGGCGCCUAUUUGGCCUUGAGGGCCAGUUGGAAGACCCUUUGAGAUCAGGCUGGCAGCUUGUAUUUGUCGACCGGGAGGAGGAUGUCCUUCUUGUUGGCGAUGACCCUUGGCAGGAAUUCGUGAACAGCGUGUCCUGCAUAAAGAUACUCUCACCGCAGGAGGUGCAGCAGAUGGGCAAACAGGGCCUUGAGCUUCUGAGCUCGGCUCCCGCGAGGAGGCUAGGUAGCAGCUGUGACGACUACGUUAGCAGGCAGGAAUCGAGAAGCCUAAGCACUGGAAUCGCGUCGGUCGGUUCAGUUGAGUUCUGAAGAGAGGGCGCAAUUCGUCUGCCCUCAGCUUAUGGCUGGUGUGUGACCCAUGUAUCUGCAGCUUUUCCCUAGUUUUGAGAUCUGGAACUGAAAGCAACGUAGAUCAAGCCUAGCUCUGAAGUUCUGUACCAUCCAAUAAUUAUGUCAUAUGAUAUCAACUUCUAAGUAGAAACUACGAGCACCAUUGGUGUACAUGCCAAAGCUUUGUUCCAUGGAUACUAAUCCUGUGAAUGUAGGCUCUCUGAUGAAGUGAUGAUCAACUCUUUUGUUGCCUUGCAUUGCA